UUUCUUAUGUUGUUUUAUGAUCAACAAAGGAUUUAAAGUUGGAUGGAUAAGGUUUAGGGUUUAGAGUUAUUCUUUUUUGUUUUAAACUUAAAUCAUAAAAGUAAGAAUGAAUGAAGAUUAUUUUUUUAAAUAUUGAGCUAAACAGAUCCAAAUUUUAAUGUGCAGCAGUUUUGGAUUUAUCCUCUGAGAAUCUAGAACGAUUCUUAACAGUAUAAAACUCUUUGAUGAUGAAAAAUAGAAAGACUGUGGAGGUGUGCUUUUCUUCUGCUGACACGACAGCAUUGUUCGAGAUAAACCUGUGGUUAAAGGCUUAUAGGUAGUAAUGACCGUGGUAAACUCUCUGCCUGCGCUAAACCACACGCCAAAGGAAAUGCUCAACACUGAGAUGCAAUCGCUUUUACCUUAGCAGAAAUUUGGCUGGAGGAAAGCAAUAAUAUAAAGCUUCUUAUUUUACCUCAAGACAAUAUAAAGUCAUGCAGUGAAUAAAUGGGGGCUAAACCCAGUAGGUCACUUGUAGGCUACACAGUGAGAUUUCCUUUUCAGAUGAGGCCAGCGAUGCUGGGAUGAAUAUGAAAUAUAUAAGAUAAAAACAGAAAUGGUUUCCUUCCUCCUUUUAUGAGUGAGCUCCGUCCUCUCGUCCCUCCUCCCUUCACAGUCACACAGUACGCUAACCGCCCUUCACGCCACUAACGCUGCCUGUGGAUGUUUGUCCCCCUGUAACCCUGCUGCCCUCCGGCCUCCGGCGCCUCUUUUCUGGGUGAAACAACACGACUCUCCCACUCACUUCCACCUCAGUGAUACACCAACUUUGAAAAGAUGUCUGGUGCUGUCUGUAUCGUGAGUUCAUCAUUUGUCUCAGAAGGAGAGCAAGGUACCGAGUGUUAUUCUUGUUACCAGAUAACCAUGGGGUCUGUAAUUGGAGUUAUUGCCUCCGAUAUUAUCCUCACCAUCUUCCUCAUCAUCUCUGUGUUCUGUUUUGCUAAGCGAAGGAGGGAACGCGACUCUCAUGAUGGUAGAAGGAGUAUACCUUUAUCAUCUUCAAAAAAAAUGUCAACAGAAGUCACAGAAUCUCCGUACCAGGAGUUACAUGGAGUCCAGUCAGAUAUAUACAGCGAGCUUCGACACUUUAGGAAAUGAGGAAAUGACAUUAUAAAAAGGAACCUACAACUGCAAUGUUCCUAACUAUAUCUGUAAUUACAUACUCAGUGUACUGUAUGAUAAUAGAUAAAGCCAAAAAAGCCUCAACACAGAUCUUGCUUUGCAGUUUAUACUGCAGUGGAAUCGUGAGUAAUUAUACACAGUAUAUAUGUAAAUAUUUUGCAUAAAGGUGAUUUAUAUUUUAUUUAGUGGGUUUAUUGCUAAGUGUUCAUGUUUUAUUACUCUUAAACUGUCUUAAAAUGUAAAAAUGUGUAAUA